UUUUCUCUGCUUCCCCUACAUAGCUCACCAGGCACAGAGUCAAAGAAGUCAACUGACUGAGAUAAGGAAACUGAGGCUGUUCCCAGUGCCUGGCCCAGGGUCACAUGACUAGCUCGAUCCAUUGGACUACGUGGCCUCAAAGUACCUUCUUCAUGGCCCUGCCCCAUGUGGGGCCCGUUGUGGGCUGGUUGUUUGCUCGAUACCACAUGCCCACCUGGUAUGAGACCCUGAAAAAGCCACCCUGGUGGCCAACCAACAAGCUCUUCUUAAUUGUAUGGACUGCCAUCUACUCCAUCAUGGGCUAUGCCUCCUAUCUGGUGUGGAAGGAUCUAGGUGGGGGCUUUGGUCAUUUUCUGGCCCUGCCCCUUGGUCUCUAUGCCACCCAGCUUGUCCUCAGCUGGAUCAUACUGCUCCUCUUCUUCGGAGCCCACAGCCUCGGUCUGGCCCUAUGUCACCUGCUUCUGCUCUAUGGACUGGUACUGGGCAUGGCAUUGAGCUGGCACUCCAUCAAUGGUCUAGCUGUCCUGCUCCUGCUGCCCUACCUGGCCUGGCUCACACUGACUACUUCAUUGGCCUAUCAUCUAUGGAUGGACAACUCUAGUUCAGAGCCACAGCUCUCUUCUCAAUCCCUGCUUCAAUCCACGGGAGAGAAGAUAGACUGAGACAGGGAAACUGCAGAAGGGAGAAUCUGAGGAGGGACAAAAAGAGGAGUGAUGUAAAGGGUUGGGGUUGAGAAAGCUAAGGGAAGGGAGGAGGGAGGGCAGGGAUAAGGAAUCCCCAAACACAGCCUCUGAUCAAUAUUCCCGUACCCUUCCUAAUAAGCCAUCCUGAUCUUGAACCUCCUUUCU